GAGUGCUGACACCAUUCAGAUCGCCAGGAGAGAGAGAUCCACCUGUGACGCCGCCUCUGGUGUUGUCCUCGGUUCAACAAUCCCAACUCCAACUCCAACCCUUUUCUUACCUACAUUGCGCACAUGGAAAGAAGGAGCAACUUUGGAUGAAAGGAGGAAUAAACAAAUAAAAUAGAGAGAGACUACAAUUCAUAAAAGGAUGGAAACGAAUGGGAUCGAAAAGAAAAACAACGGUAUGGAGGGAGAUCCGCACCUCCAGUUCCUCCUGCAGGGUGGAGACCUCCUCAAGGUCCGCUCCCCGUCCUGGAAGAAGACCCGCUACUUCAGACUCAUGGAGGACUGCAAGACCAUGUGGCGCGAGUCCAAGAAAACCUUCAAGUCCAACCAGACCUGUGAGUGCUGCGGCCGUCCCAGCUUCCCACCUGCAUUUUCACUCGAUGACAUCUCGGCGGUGCGGAUGGGCCGUCAGUCAGAGGGCCUGAGGAAGUACACGGAGGAGCAGGUGGAGGGUCGCUGCUUCUCCAUCAUGUUCAAGGGCCGCCGCAAGAACCUGGACCUCAUCGCCAGCUCGGAGGAGGAGGCCAAGCAGUGGGUCAACAGCCUGGAGAAAAUGGUCUCCAACAUGAACAACCUCAGCACCCAGCAGAAGACAGAGCAUUGGAUCUUCAGCUGCCUGAGGAAAGCAGACAAGAACAAAGACGACAAGCUGAGUCAGUCGGAGCUCAAGGACUUCCUGCGUCUGGUCAACAUCGAGGUGGAUGACGACUACGCAGAGAUGCUCUUCCAGAAAUGUGACAAAUCCAAGUCUGGAUACCUGGCCGGAGAGGAGAUUGAACAUUUCUAUGACCUGUUGACCCAUCGGGAGGAAAUAGACGUGAUCUACGGAGAGUACGCUAAAACAGCGGGCCUCAUGAGUCCUCAAAACCUGGUGGACUUCCUGAAGAAAGAGCAGAGAGAGAAAGCCACACUGGAUGAUGCGCACAACAUCAUCCAGAAGCAUGAGCCAGAUGAAAACGCCAAGGAGAAGAAGCUGCUGUCCAAAGAUGGCUUCCUCAUGUACAUGCACCAUCCAGAGGCCCUGGUCCUCAACCCAGAUCACAGAGAGGUGUACCAGGACAUGAGCCAGCCCCUCAACAACUACUUCAUCUCCUCCUCGCACAACACCUACCUCAGGGAGGACCAGCUCAAAGGGCCUAGCAGCACGGAGGCUUACGUCAGGGCUCUGCUGAAGGGCUGCCGCUGCGUGGAGCUGGACUGCUGGGACGGAUCAGAUGACGAGCCAGAGAUCUACCACGGCUACACACUGACUUCUAAGAUCCUCUUCAAAGACGCCAUCAAAGCCAUCAAGGAGUAUGCCUUUAAGACAUCCGAUUACCCAGUUAUCAUCUCCUUGGAGAACCACUGCAGCAUGGAGCAGCAGGAAGUCAUGGCCCAUCACAUGAGCUCCAUCCUGGGCAGUGCGCUCGUCACUUCCCCCCUGGGGGACGGCAUGCCCACAGACUUUCCAUCUCCUGAGGAGCUGAAGGGGAAGUUCCUGAUCAAAGGGAAGAGGCUAAACAAACUGGAGGCCACCUUCGCUCCCGAAGCGGCUAUGGCCGAUGACACGGACGUGACGGAGGAGGAUGAUUCGAACGAUGAUGAUGAGGAUGAACAGAAGGAGGAAGCGCAAAGAAAGAAGAAAAAGAAGCUGAAACUAGCGAAGGAGCUGUCGGACAUGGUGGUCUACUGCAAGAGCGUCCACUUCCACGGCUUUGAGGACGCGAGACAAAACCUGAGCUUCUACGAGAUGUCGUCCUUCAAGGAGAACAAGGCCAUGGGGCUGGCAGAGGAGUCGGCUAAUUCCUACAUCCGCCAUAACAUGGACAAGCUGAGCCGCAUCUAUCCAGCAGGCUCCCGGACCGACUCCUCCAACUACAACCCGGUGCCUCUGUGGAACGCCGGCUGCCAAAUCGUGGCCUUAAACUUCCAGACCACCUGCAAAGAAAUGGAUGUUAACCAGGGCAGAUUCCUGGUCAACGGAAAGAGCGGCUACAUCCUGAAACCGGCCUACAUGAGGGACGCGGCCACGGAGUUCGACCCCAUCACCCUGACCCGAGGAGACUGGCUGAAGCCCACGACGCUCCAUAUCAUGGUUAUAUCAGCCCAGCAGCUCCCCAAAGUGAACAAGAAGAAAUCCUCCAUAGUGGACCCGCUGGUUAAGGUGGAGGUGUACGGAGUGCCGGCUGAUGUUGCUAAGAGAGAGACCAGUGCUGUUGAAAACAAUGGUUUUAACCCAGAAUGGAAUGAAAACUUCCAGUUUGACGUGUUCGUGCCGGAGCUAGCGCUGGUGCGUUUCACCGUGGAAGAUCACGACUCCACGUCUGGUAACGAAUUCGUCGGGCAGUACACGCUUCCAUUCAACAGCUUGAAAAUGGGAUACAGACAUGUGCCUCUGGUCAAUAAGAACGGAGACCUCCUCCCCUCAGCUGGACUCUUUGUACACAUUAUGGUCCUCGAUGCCGAGUAAGAACGUCACCGACCGGCACGUGACUCCGCAGGACACAAGGACCUCCACUACACAGCCACGCUUCAGCUGUUUUUAAUUGUUUUUAUUUUUGCUCUAUAGUUUUUAGUUCAUGAUUAACUUAUUGGCUUAAAUCCAGUAGUUUGAGCAGCUACUUUAAAUGACUACAAUCUUCUCAAGGGACAGCAAACUAAAGGACUCCACCUGCAACUGGAAACGAGUUGUAUUUGGGCGGUGGGUACACGCAUACAGAUACUGUACAUACACACAAGGCUUCAUAAUGCUCCAUACGAGUCACAUUACAGGGACUAUUAUACACACUUUUAAUCGGUUUGUAUGAGGUCCACUUAUAACACGUUCAAGUUUGUGCCGAUGACAUUGGAUUUUUUUUUUAACACGGCUUGUGUCCCUCAUUUCUGGUCAGUUAAUGUUUUGUCUAUUUAAAUAUUUUUAUUCAAACGACCAUUUUAUGAAUUCUGGAGAAACAUAAGCCGACAUGAAAACAAUGUGCUUCGUCUUCAUCAGUGAUUUUUAGUCAAUCAAGUGUGAUUAUUUUCCACGUGACUUCAUCAUCACUACAUACUUCUUUUUGUAAAUGAAGAUGAAGAUAAAAGUUUUAAACCUGAA